AUGCAUAUAAGAAGGACUCUGCCAGAAGAAGGGAAUGAGAAUGACUUGCACUUCUCAUGUAGCUACAGAGCUCCCUUAUUUAAGCUUGCCGCCUCGCGUGGCUUUUGCAAGGGUCCAGUCGACGAAUUUCCGCCAGCUCUGGACGACACUUCCAAGCUGAAACUCGAACGACCUCGUCUCAUUGAUCCGAAGCCCGCCGAGAAUAUCUACAGAAUUGCCACUCGGCCAACAGAGAUGCUGCAGAACAGCGUCCAACUCGGGCAACGAAUGCGGGGAAAGACCUGCCUAUCAAAGUCCGGGUGGUGGAAAGAUGAAUCGAGGCAAUAUUCCUGGAUUUUACUGGGUAAGAAAGCAAUCACCUGCGGGCACCCAAAUGUCCGAGACUUUUAUAAAGGAAAAUAUUUCAAGAUACAGGCUGCCCAUAAAGUCCCACCGGACGCAAAGUACUCCCAGUCGAACGUCACGCGGGAAAAGAAACAGACGCGAGAUGCCAAAAGACGGAAAUUCGCAGAGCAAAAGUCAAUGAGAGGCCGGAUCCAUUGCAGACUUGACCGCUCGCGGAUUCUGGCAACGUGCGGUCUUCAGCGAGAGAUAGGCAACAAAGCUAAUCACUAUCGAGAUGAGGCUAUCGUAGAGGGCUGGAGUCUCGAGCGCACCGAAAUCACGCCCUCAGUACGCAUAAUCCUGCGGUCGCCGAGUUUCCUAGAUUGUCAAUAUCUGCCACGAUCUCGUUGUUUAGCAACGGUUCUGGGGGAUCGGAAUGCACGCCGAUACAUGUUCUUUUGCGAGGAUACAUGUAUCUCUAGUGGAAGGGACGCGAUGCCUGUUACAAUUCAGGAACGAGCAGUGGAUUUUGAGGCCAUAGACGGUGAUACGCCGAUAAUGUUUGCAAGUGGCGAUUGCGACCGACGUGCCUCCGCCCACUUUCGGGUCGGACCUCUUGAAGGAUGGUUCACAUCGACAGUGUCCAAUGCAUUCCUGCAUACCCAUUCGGUACCCAGUAUACGUCAUCUCUGGACAAGUAAGGUUGAAAUGAGCAAGCACAACGUUGCGCUUGCCGGAACAGGCGCUAUCUCUGUCAAUUGUCUCGAUCAUGGAGCUCAGAUCUGCGAGCUGCAGCUGGAGGAAUGCGAGGUCUUUUCAAUUGAUUGGCUCUCAGGUUCGACGCUGGCAUAUGGAGCACUUGAAGAGACCAAGAAUGCUCGGCACUGUGUCAAACUCUGGGAUAUCCGAUCACAAGGUCAGGCAAGUCGCUUUCAAAAGAACAGAAGAAUCACUGGUGUUUCGAGCAUUGACGGGAGUGGACACAACCUACUGAUUUCCAGUAACAUCAGCCUCGAUCUCCACGAUUUGAGAAUGACCCGGAGCAUUGAGGAAAAUGCCCUGCUUUCGAUUCCACACACCUCGGUGGGACCACAACUCAACUAUGAUAUCCUGAGCCCAGGCAGCAAGCUGAUCGCCGCUGCUGAUCAGUACAACAACAGCGUGCACAUCUACUCUCUGGGCACAGGCAAGCACACACGGACUGCAUUUUUGGCAGGCUAA